CUGGUGUGAAGUGAGCUUUACACUCACUUUUAUAGUGAAUAUCAUACAAUCGCAGAUCAAUAAACGUUCAUAUUUGUUGCUCUAGCCUUGCACAUGGCACUUUGCGUUAAGAAUAUUGAUAUAGCCGCUAUAGAAGUUUGAUGCGUUACCGUUGCCGGCGUCUUCGAUAUGGCAGUAAAGGUGCAGUUCGAAAUUGGCCACACAUCAAAGCUGCGCAGCAAGAAACAUCCACAGGCCUUCACCCACGAUUGGGAGAUUUAUGUGCAGGGCGUGAACAAGGCAGACAUAAGCGCAUUCGUUGACAAGGUCGUCUUUAUACUCCACGAAUCAUUUCUCAAGCCAAAGCGUGUAAUCAAAGAGCCACCUUAUGCCAUACAGGAGUCGGGCUAUGGCGGCUUCAUACUACCCGUUGAGAUACAUUUUCGGAAUAGGGACGAGCCGAAGCGCGUUAUGUAUCAAUAUGAUUUGGAUCUGCAAAAUUCGGGACCGCCUCGGCAUCGCGUUGAAGUCAAAACGCAUGUCUUUGAGGCGCCUUCGGAGGAGUUUCGUGCCAAAUUGAUGCGUGGCGGCGGUGUACCCGUUUUUGGUGCCAACAUUGCUGCUGCCGGCAGUCUCAGCCGAACAGUGUCACCCAGCGUUGGAGGUGACUUGUCCGGAUCGGAGUUGAACUUGGUGAAAGCGAAGGGUGGUGGCAGCAGCCUGGUGAUCGAGUCUGGUUCCGGAUCCAGUAAGAAGCACAAAUCGCGCGUUGACGAUGGCAAGGUGAACGCUUUCUCCGCAGUCUUUGGCCCGCCCAUUACCAAAGGCAGUGUGGCAGGUGCUAAUCUGCUGGCUAUAACUGCGCCCAAGCAUUCGCCAGAUGCAAAGCUACAAACUGGAUCCAGUAGCAGUAAGAUCAGCUCCCAUGAUACUAAAGAGAAGUCCAGUAAGGAACGCGACAAGUCUAACAGUUCAGACAAACCACGCGAGAAAGACAAGAAGGAUCGGCAUGGCCGUGACAAGGAGCGCAAGUCUGGCAAAUCCGGCGAGAGCAGCAGCAGCAAGCAUGACAAAGACAAGGAAAAAUCAAAGAAGGACAAAACGCGCGACAAAGAGCGCGAACGCGAUCAGAGCAGUAGUGGCUCACUUGCAGCAGUCACUGGUGCCUCAGUCAGGCGCACGGUCAGCCCAAAGACUGGCGCUAGAAGCGGCUUAACCGAAAUGAGUCCCAAGAAGCAGGUGGCGGAUAAUGCCGCUGGCACGCCCAAUGCUCGUUCCAAAGAGCGCGACGAGCACAAGUCAGUGGGUAAAUCUGAGUCAAAGGACAAGGAGCGAAGCUCAAACAAAAAGUCGAAAAAAGAGAAAAAAGACAAGGAGCGUGAACGCGAGCGCGAAAAGCAGCGCGAGGAGCGCGACAAAGAUAAACGUGCUCUAAAGGAUGAGCGCGGACACGGCGACAGUCCGGCUACCGGUAGCAGCAGUAAUCAAACGCAAACAUCACAGUCGCAACAAUCUCAAACCAACUACGAUGCCCUAAAGGCUACUGGCAAGGCCACGCCCAAUUCACUGGGUAGCAGCGCGAGCGCCAGCAGUCUAGCCUCCAGCAGCGGUAAACGUGCCCAAGACAAAGAGGAGCUGACUGGGCCAGCGGCACAAUCAGCCACAGCAUCGACAAAAUCCGCCGAGAAAGUCGCUGAAACCAAAGCCGACAAAACGACGAGCAGCAAUGGUAAUAGCAACGCGGACAAGAAGUCACACAAGCACAAAAAGAAGGACAAGAGCAAAGACAAAGACAAGGAUAAAGAUAAAGACAAGGAGCGCAGCGAACGCGACAAGGACAAGGAAAAGGAGCGCGACAAGGACAAGCCCAAAGACCGUGAAAAGGAUAAGGCGCAACAGUCAUCUGCAGCGGACAAGCCAUCAGCAGCUACAGCAGCAGCAGGAACAGCAACUGAAACAUCACUCAAAACAGAACUGAGCAGCCAGCAGCAGACCGAAGGAAGCACGGAUAAAACUGUAGCCGUAAUCAGCAAGAAAGAGAAGCAUAAAAAGUCUAAGGAUAAGACCGCCAGCAAAGAGGAGAAACGACAGCGCGACGCGGACAGUAAGCACAGCAAUAAACAGGCGACAUCUACAGUAGCACCAGCAGCUCCUGGAGCGGCGCAGGUGCAAAUUAAGGGCUCUAGCAAUUUGGACUUGAGCGACAUGGAUUCGGCACAAUCGGCUCCAGAUCUGGCAGCCACUCAUGCACUGGCAGCAGCAACAGCCGCCACGCUGCAGCAUUCAGACAGCUCCAAUAGCAGUUUUCCCGAUCUGCCGGCAAAAAGCAGCCAACAGAAGAACUCAACGGCCGCGAAGAGUGCACAGAAUAGUGCGCAUGCAAAGGAUACCAAAGCGUCUGAUAAUGCGGGUAAAGAGCACAAAGUCAAGUCAAAGUCUGCCGAAAAGUCUGAAAAGUCAGAGAAGCUGGACAAGUCUCCAGAGGCCAAGACGGAGAAGCUAGACAAGGCGGAUCUCAAGGAGGAAAAAAAACGCAACCGGCGCAACUCGCAGAAUAGCAACAGCGGCAACAGCAAUGCUGCAAGCAAUUUCAUUGAGCCGCCACUGAAAUCCACAAAGAAAGAACAGGCGAGCAAAUCAGCGCGCGAGAAAUCCAAGUCGCCAUCUCUGCGACAGGGACCAGCAGCAUCGGCGGCGUCAGCGGGCAACAACAGUAUUGGCUCUUCGCCGAGCAGCCAUAAUAACAACAACAACAAUAACAACAGCUGUCCAGCAAUAAACAACAACAAUAGCAACAGCGGCCAUUCGCCCGUGGAACCACUCAAUCAGCCGCUAAGUGGUGGCGGCGGCAACUAUACGCCAUUGCCCACAGAAUACCUGAACGAACUGCAGGAGUUGCAUCACAAGAUAAUGACGCUGCAGGAUAACGAGGAACUGCAACAGGUUGUCGAAAUGAUCGCCGCCACCGGUUGCUAUGAGAUCACCCACAAAACGUUCGACUUUGAUCUGUGCAAAUUGGAUCGCGGCACCGUGCAGCGACUCCAAGAGUUCCUGGCGACCUCCGUAUCGUGACACAAAAUGUCAACAGGCACAGCAGCAGCAACGGCAGCCUAUAGCUAAGCGACAUGCACACUCAGAUAACUCUCUCAUGCACAUAACCAAAUAAUCAUUACAAUUUACAAUUAGUUUAACAUUUGAAAUGCAAUGCAAAGUCCCGAAUUAGGUACACCCCAAGUUGUAUUGGCAUCGUGUAUUGGCCAUUUAUUUGUUUAGAUUUUAAGUUGUCUAAGAGCGGGUGAUAAAGGAGUCUAUACCGUAAAGUAUGCGAUACUUUGGCAGGCAGACGGAAACGCCCACUCAAUGAAAGGCUAUCUUUUAGAUACAACAUAACAUUUAACAUAUUUUAACUAUAAUAUUUUGUUUCGGUCCUAGUAUACUUUUUAGUUUCCUACUUGUUUAUUACAUCUGAUGCUAUUUUGUUCAAUAAAUAUUUAUUGAUUUGUAUUUUUCUACAAAUAAAUCCAAGAUCAUGAUUACAAUAGGUUUAACAACACAUACAUAUUUUUUUUUUAAAUAAUAUUAGAAGUAUUGUGAAAGCAAAGAGAAAGCUCAAUCUUUCGCAUUCAAUCCAAAG